CAUUUUACCGAAGAAGCCCUUCUCCCCAACCCACCACCCCCUCCAUUUUUCUCAGUCAUGGCGUUUCCGUACAUGGAGGCAGUCGUUGGUGUUAUGAUACUAGUGUAUAUUUUCGAGUGUUAUCUUGAUAAGCGGCAGCAUGCUGCCCUGAAGUUGCCAACUCUUCCAAAACCAUUGGUAGGAGUAAUCAGUCAAGAAAAAUUUGAAAAAUCGCGUGCUUAUAGUCUUGACAAAAGCAAUUUCCAUUUUGUCCACGAACUUGUAACCGUACUUAUGGACUCUGUCAUUUUGUACUUUGGGAUAUUGCCAUGGUUUUGGAAGAGAUCUGGAGAGUUUUUGGGUUCUGCUGGCUUCAAUGCAGAAAAUGAGAUAUUACACACACUUGCAUUUUUAGCUGGCGUUAUGUUUUGGUCACAGAUAACUGACUUGCCAUUUUCCUUGUACUCCACUUUCGUCAUUGAGGCUCGGCAUGGAUUCAACAAGCAAACGGUAUGGUUGUUCUUUAGGGACAUGAUCAAAGGAAUUGCCCUAACUAUAGUGAUUGGUCCACCUAUUUUAGCUGCUAUAAUCAUUAUAGUUCAGAAAGGAGGUCCAUACUUGGCCAUAUAUCUCUGGGCGUUUAUGCUUAUCAUCUCCCUUGUGAUGAUGACUAUUUAUCCAGUUCUGAUUGCCCCACUUUUUAACAAAUUCACUCCUCUUCCGGAGGGUGAUCUUAGGUCCAAAAUUGAGAAUCUUGCUUCGUCUCUCAAUUUUCCUUUAAAGAAGUUGUUUGUUGUUGAUGGAUCAACAAGAUCGAGCCAUAGCAAUGCAUACAUGUAUGGAUUUUUUAAGAACAAAAGAAUUGUCCUCUACGACACAUUAAUACAACAGUGCAAAAACGAGGAAGAAGUUGUUGCUGUUAUUGCCCAUGAACUGGGUCACUGGAAGCUUAACCAUACAAUGUACUCCUUCAUUGCUGUUCAGAUUCUGACACUGUUGCAGUUUGGAGGGUACACUCUUGUUAGGAAUUCUAAGGACCUGUUCCAGAGUUUUGGAUUUGAUACACAGCCAGUCCUUAUCGGACUUAUCUUAUUUCAGCAUACUGUGAUGCCUCUCCAGCAUCUAGUGAGCUUUUCCCUUAAUCUUGUAAGCCGGGCAUUUGAAUUCCAGGCUGACGCUUUUGCCAAGAAGCUUGGAUACGCUACACCUCUUAGAGCUGGUCUUAUCAAACUGCAGGAAGAGAAUCUCUCAGCUAUGAACACUGACCCGUGGUAUUCUGCUUACCACUAUUCUCAUCCUCCCCUAGUCGAAAGACUAGCUGCUAUUGACGAAGCCGAUAAAAAAACUGACUAAGCAGAAAGUCGUAGUAUAAAGCAUUUGAACAGUUAGUUUCUAUAUACUUAAGCUCCAGGUGCUGUUUUAUUUAAUCAUGAAAAAAAUUAUAAUCUUGUUUACUUGCAUGUAACAAAGUUGAGUUAGUAAGAGGAAACGGCAGAAAUUCCAGGUUCGAACUUCCAAUUUUCCUCUGUAGACUUUUAGCAUAUACGCCUCGUUUUCUUUCUUCUUCUUUUUUCCCGCUGUUGGAGUAGUUAGUAUCUAUGUUUAUCAUCAUUUGACUGAAA